GUGAGCUUCAAACAGCUGCGAUAAGGUGCUGAGACGGUCAAAGUUUGUGAACGGAGAGAAGAAUUAAAUAAUAAUUAUAAAUAUGGGCAGCCGCGACCACUUUUUAAAAAGGGUUUCAGAAGAAGAUCUUCCAAAGUUAUUGGAUGUUUUGAAAAAGAAUUUACCAGAUUCUAUUGUUCCGUACCACUGGAUUUUGACGCAUUUGGCGUGGCGGAAGAAAAUCGAAAACUUGAAAGUAGAUAUUUUAAGCCCCGACUGGACCGACGGAUCAGUGGUUUGCAUCGCAGAUAAACUGGCUGACGACAACAAAAUUUAUGGAGUUCUUUACGCAAAAGAAGACAAGAUUGACAGCUUGGCACGCGCCUUGAUUCACACAGAUUUAAUCGACUGGCACAGAUUGAAGCAAUUUUCCUCGGUGUUGGAGAGACACGUGACGGCGGUGGCUGAGAUUUUGAAAAUCAAGGGUUUCAAGCACACUGGCGACGCAAUUGAAAAUUUCUGUCAUCUGCAUUACAUGUCUGUGGAAGAAGCAGCUAAUUUGCCUUUACCUGAGCUCCCUGCAAAUGUUCGUGUCGCACCGCUGGACCAAUCCCAUUUGCAAAUUGUGUGCGAUAAUUGGCGCCACUACGACUAUCAAUACCGUCCGGUCGUGGCAAAGGAAAUCGAAUUGAACCCGACGAUUGGAGUUUUUGUUAAAAACGAGCAGGGAGAAGAGGAACUCGCGUCGAUGGUCCUGCAGUCCGAGUACGGAGCGGCGGGACUGUUGCAAACCGUGCCCAAGUUCAAACGCAUGGGGUACGCGACCAUUGCCAUGGCGCACAUCACCAGGGCGCUUGGCCAGAAAGGGUUCAUGCCUUAUGGAACUGUGCUGACGUGGAAUGAAGGGUCGUCAAAGCUGUUACAAAAGCUGGGCUUCAAAAUUCUUGGUAUUUCAACUUGGGUUUAUUUGAAGAAGCCGGACGAGAAAUCUGAUCACUAAUUAUGUAACAAUGUUUUCCUUCCUAGAAAUUUUAUCUAGUUCAGAAAAAGAAAUUCCAAGAUUUCUUUUAAUCUGAUGGAUGGUUUUUCAAAGUUUUCAAUGUUUGUUUCAUUUGUAAAUCCAUGUCUUGAAAUUCGAUUGAAUAAAUAAUCAAU